UCUUUAACAUUAACUGACUUUUUCAUUUAGUCGUAUUAUACUGCAAAUGUUUUUGUCGAACACAGAAACUGAUUCACGGAAGUUUUAAGUUAAAUUAAAUUAGUUAUUGAAAGAUUUUAAUUGUUAAAUAUGAAGAGAUCGAAGCACAAAGUGAAGACGGAGACGCCAGAGCCGUCAGCGUCGACGAAAUUGGAGGAAGUCCAUGAUUUAACUUAUUAUAUUCAUGAUCGGGUUGAAAUGGUUCACCAAGUAUUUUCCGUGAUGAAAUACAAAGAAUUGAAGAGCAUAUUGCCUGCCAGCAUUAGAAACAUAUCCAUAGACGAUCUACAGGAACUCUGCACGGAAGAGCUACUUGGCAUUAGUUCGAAGCGUCUCCUCGCGAUACUGGACGGAGCGGAGCCUCCAUCAGACACAGAGUCCUCCAGCCCGUCCCCUCCACCGGAGCUGGAGACAAUAUCCCUGGACAGCAUAUCCUCGGACGAUGAGAUCCUCAGCCAGGCUAGCAGUAAGAAGAAGAAGCACAAGCACCGUCGCCAUUCGAAAUCGAAAAAGCACAAGAGGUCCAAAGAGCAGGGUGACUCGUCGAGCGACAAGAACAAGGCGUCUCGCGCCGGACUCACCGUGCUCGAGCUGCUCGAGUUACAAGCACGGGCGCGCGCCAUACGAGCACAACUGCAGAACGAACAGCAACACAAACCGGUAUCAGAGAGUGCAUCCAAGGAACCAGUCUCCAACUCUUCAGACAAUGAGGUGGAAAUCAAGGAGGAACCGGCCGAGGUGGUGGAGAUCAGCAGUGAUGAUGAGAAGCCCAACAUACAGGAGCUGCAGACUAAAGUGACCCAACCGGCGUCCGAACCCCAGCCCACGACAGUGACAAAGAAAAUAAAUGACCUUAUAAUCACUGUACCACAGAAAUCAAAACAAAAAAUAAAAUUAAAUCGACAAAAAUCACAAACUACCGCUCUAGAAACAGACAAAGAUAAAGUUGCCAGCACUAAAAACCCUAAUAUAAGUGUUGCCACACCUAAAAAUAGUAACGAGAAAGAGGAAAAAGCUAAAAAAGAUAAGAGUAAGAAAAGAAAAAAGGAAAAGAUAAGGAAAGAUGAUAUUGACAAUGAUGAAAUAACUCUUCAAUUAUCUGAUACUGAGAAAAUGGAUCUGCUAGAAGAUUUAGAUCGAAAACAUUUCGAUACUGUUAGCUCUUGUUCCAAUUCCAGCUCCGAAUCCAGUGAUACUGACGCCACAGAAGAUAAGAAAGAAGAAGAACCGAAAAAAGAUAGCGCAGAAGCUAUAAAAGUACAAUCAGAAGUCGUCACUAACUCAGUAGAGAUACAAGAUAAGAUAGAAGUGUUGGAAGAUAGUAUUGUAACUAUUAAAGAUAAACCAGAAGCAUUAAAAGAUAUGAAUGCUGACAAUAAUGACAGUCAGAUAGAAAAUGAUCAAACUAAGACUUCUCCCACACAAGAAGUUGACAAAUCUUCUGAAUUAGAUACUAGUAUUAAUAAAGAAGUAAUACAAAGUACAGAAGUAAUAGAAAAUGCUGAAAAAGAAAAUGAUAUUGCUGAAAAAGCUUCUGAAGAAGUUAAUUCUAAAGAAUGUUUAAAUACAGAAGAUAUACCUAAUAAUGAUGUACCAAGUGAAUCUUUAACAGAAGAGAAAAAAGAUUUGUCAGAAGGUGAAUUAUCAGAUAGAGAAAGUUCAGAAGUGGAAGCGAUGGAUUUAAAGCCAGAAGUAGUUUGCAUAUCAGACGAAGAAGAUAGAAAAGGUAAAAAGAAGAAAAAGAAAAAAGAUAAGAAAUCAAAGAAGAGUAAGAAGAAGGAUUUUCGUGAGAGCGCCGAUGAAAACUUUUAUAAAGAAGAAAAGAUAAACGAAAAAGAUAAAGAAACCACUGAAAUAGUACACACAGAAGAUUGUACUAAACAUACUUCAACAGAUAUUGAUGAAAAGAUAAAUUUAACGUCAGAAGAAGAAGGAAAAGAUACAAAAGAAGAUUUAAAUAAUGAAAAAUCUUCUAAUAUUAAUUCUGAAUCGGAUAUAGAUGCCGUAUACGAAAUUAUGGAACUAUCAGACAGUUCGUCUUGCUAUGAGGUUGAAUGCACUCUCUCUAAGGAACCAACUACUUCAGAAAUCGAAGCCUUAUCAGCCAAAAUAGAUGAGAUAGAGAGAGAAGAGAUUAUAACACAGAAAGAGAUAGAAGAUUACGAGAAGAGAGAAGCAGAGAAGAGAGAAUGGGAGAUAGUAGAGAAUACUUCAUGGAAAGAUAGGUAUUUAGACAGCACUAAAGUGAAAAAAGUGCUUUCGACUGCAAAUAUACUGAAUGCGUUGAGAAAAAAGAAUAUUGAUUUGAAAAAGAGGUUAGCGGAGACGAAGAAAGAGAUAGAGAUUGAGUUAGUAGAGAUAGAGAAAGAGAAAGAGAGUGCUUUAGAAGAAGGAACUAUUGAACAAUAUAAUACAUUAGAAUCGUCAACUACAUAUGUCGAUCCAGUUAAAGAACUGCCGAAAGAUUUGAAAAAAGAUGCGAAAUUACUUCUGAAAAUGUAUAAAAAGUUGCUCAAGUACAAUGAUAUUAAUAAAACUGAUGAUCCUAAUAAGAAGAGAAAGAAAAAGAGUAAGAGAAGUAAGAAGGAGAAGAGAGAAGUGAGUGGAGUUAUAGAGGAGAAGAGUACAGAGUAGUAUUUUUGUAUAAUUUAAAUUAUACAAUGUGAUAGGGGUGAGACUUCUAACCCGUUAAGGCUGAGUACUACAUCUAAUUUUAUCGACAAAAGUCGGGGGUCGAGGGGGUCGAAUCCCUUCCCCCUAAAAAUUAUGGCUAUUUUAAUAUUUUUUUUGAUAUCAAAGGUUG